AUGUGGCGGAUGCGGCAUUGGCUCGGAAUCGCUACGGCUGUGCAGUGUGUGUCUUGCACCGAGAUCAAGGUCGCUGGAUCCUCCACAGUGUUCCCCGUUGCAAACGCAUGGGCGAACGGCAUAGAGAACUCCAGCAACUUCACUAUAACCAUCGAAGGGGGUGGCUCCAGCUCUGGCGCACGGCGUGUCUGCAAGGAUCGUUCGGAUCCUGACCACGUCGACAUCGGCGACAUGUCGCGCAACUGGAAAAGCAGCGAAGCCCUCCUGCUGGACGAUGACUAUACGUGGGAGUGCAGCAACUCGAAGAUCCGUGUCACGCAGAUCCAAGUCGGCACCGACGGCUUGGCUGUGGUCGUCUCGAAGGGCGGCCGGGCGCACGACUGCCUGACGUCGGCGGAGGUGGGCGGUCUGACGUUGGCCAUGCUCCACUGGAUGUUCACCGACUGGAGCAACGAGCAGCUGGAGAGCUACGGCGUGGAUUUGGCCUCCGUGAUCCCGAACGACGACGGGGACGGCAUCAAGGAGUGGAGCGACCUGUCUUGGGCGUGCCCAGAGGUGCCGAUCAACAUCUACGGUCCAGGCUCCGAUUCCGGGACCUACGACUUCUUCGCAGAGGCCACGCUCUGCGAGGACUGCUUCGCGGGGAGCCUCGGCCGCAGGGAGGACGGCUACGACCCCGAAGGCUUCCCGUACUGCCCCUCGGACAAGCACAGCGCCCUGGAGCAGCUGGCCACGGAGCAGGACGUCGCCGCCUUCAUCCAGAGCCAGAGGCCUCAGAACUGCUACAUGCACUCAGAGUCCGACUAUCAGCUGCUGCAGUGGCUUUCCGCCGACAUCGGUGGAAUCGCAUACUUCGGCUACGCCUACUAUGCCCAGUAUGCCAACCAGCUGACCGUGGCCCGAAUCGCCAGUGACAGAUACAAAGGCGUGAAGGACACGGCCGAUGCGAAGGUCGAACCUUCGACCUACACCAUAACUGACGGGUCGUACAGCAUCUACAAGCGUCAGCUCUUUAUGAACGUCGACAACGAGGCCUGGGACCGUGUCCACCCUUUCCUGAGCUUCGGCUUCAGUUCUGCGGGUCAGUCCAUGGUAUCUUCCGUCGGCUACGUCGCGGUGAACGCCGCCUUGCUGGCCAAGAUGAAGAUCCGGAUCGAAGAGCGCGGAAACGAAGAGGCGGACUACGUGUCCAUAGCUCCCUCGAGCUGCGCCGUCGGAGCAGAGUUGAGUGCGGUCCCCUACAUCAACCAGUUUGGCAACAACAAGAUCAACUACACGUGCGCUCUUUGCCCCCUCGGCAAGUUCAAGUUCCUCGACACGCCAACGGCCUGCACGAGCUGCGAGUCCGGCCGCUACACGGACCAGGUGGGCCAGAGCUCCUGCAGCCUCUGCGACCUCGGCUACGAGGCCGUGAACGGCACGAGCUGCCGCGCCUGCAGUCCCGGGUUCUACAAGGCCGAAGCGGCUGCGGCCUUCUGCUCGCCUUGCAUUGCGGGGAAGUUCAACAAUCAGUCUGCGCAGGCCAGCUGCAACUUCUGCAGCCCAGGGUCCUUCGCGCCCGAGGGCUCCACACAGUGUUUCGAUUGUCCUCUUAACGAGAUCGCUCCGGUUCCGGGGUCCGCAACCUGCAGCUACUGCGGAGAAGGCUUCACCACGACGCAGAUGGGCUCCACGGCCUGCCGCCGCUGCCGAGCCGGGAGCUAUCGCUCUUCGGAGCAGCAGUGCGUUGAGUGCCCGGACGGUAAGACGACGGCGUUCCAGGGAGCCAUCCUGAUCGGUGACUGCAUCUGCCCUAGUGGGCAAUUCCUGCGAGAUGGGCUGACAGGCGACAGCCUGGAGGCCAUGGCCAGCGGCAGCUGCGUGGACUGUGGGGAGGGGCUGAACUGCGGUCUCGGCAGCGACCUGCGCGUCUAUGCAAGUUUCCUGGCAGGGGAGGAGAUGGACCCGGAGGAGCAGCUCUUCCCACUCCUGGAAGAGGGAUACUUCGCGACACCCCAAGAGCCGACGCAGGUCUACAAGUGCGGGGCUUCGGCACACUGCCCAGGUGGGCUGCCUGGGACCUGCGCUGAGGGGCGGAUCGAGAUCCCCUGUGGCCGCUGCCAGGUGGAGCCUUCAGAGCAGGUCCUCAGCUCCCCUCUGCGCAAGCCCGUCGGCUACCACUUUCACCGGCUCAUCUUGUUAAUGCUAUGCCUCAUUGGGCUCAUCCCAAUAGAUUUCUUCUUGAACUUCGCGAACAGCGAGCGCUUUUACCAGUUUGGUGUUGGUGUUGAAACCAGGCAGUGCCUUCUUAGGAGCAGGGCUGAUGCUUCUCCGAUGCGGCCCCGCUCCCCGGCUGGUGCCGCGACUCCUCCGUAUGGAGACGGCUUGGAUGGCUCUGGGGCCGCCACCAGAAGGUUUGCAGACUUCAAGAUGGAUGCCGCUCCACGUUGGGACGGCGAGAGACCUGAGAGCCAGUACCGCGAGUAUGCCAGGAACCUUCGCAUGUGGUUGGUGGAAGCCUUGGAGAGGUUACCCCCGACUUUGAUAGGAAAGCGAAUCAUUGAUUCGAUUCCCUAUGGGAGCAGACUGUCGGCAAGCCUGUCUCAUUUGACGGUGGAGCAGAUCACGGCCCCGGACGGUUACAAGGAGAUCAUCCGGCUGAUCGAGGAGCAGCACGAGUACUUGAAGAUUGCGAAGCUGGAGCAGGCGUUCACAGAAGCAAUAUUCAAGGGGCGUCGCCGACAAGGCCAGACUAUCAGCGGCUUCCUGGCGACGAAGAAGGCCGGCUUUGCUGAGUUGAAGAAGCAAGGCCUGGAUCUGCUGGCGACCGAGGCGGGUGAACACCUCCUUGGUCAUCUGGUGCUACGCCAAGGCGGCUUUUCGGCGGAUCAGCAACAGCGGAUACGGGUGCUGACCGACGGGAGCAUCCAGUUUAAGAAGAUCGAGGAAGCGAUCCGGAAGAUCUUCGGGGAUGCUGUGGACGAGGCGCCGGCUGGCCGGGUGUACUGGGGUGGAGGAGAUGAUGAAUGGGAUCCGGAUGGCUAUCCCGACGGCUCCCUCUACGACCAGGCCUUCGGUGCCUACUACCAGAAUGAAGACCAGCUGCACCAGGACUAUGGAUACUAUGGGUCAGGUGAAAUGGAAGCAGAGACCUAUCUGGCUCACCCCGGUGGUGAGGACGUCUUCACGGACUUGCUGGAGAUGGACGAGGCGACCGGUGAGGUGUAUGUCUGCCUCCAGGAGCCCCUGCCCCAGAUGCUGGAUGAGGCGGAGGCUGUGGAGUACGCGGGCGAGCUGAUGAACUACGUGUACGGCGAGACAGCAGAACGAUGGGCCUCGAAAGGGAAAGGAAAGGGCAAGCGCCCAAAAGGAAAGGGCAAGGGCAAGAGCAAAGACGGUGUCCCAAUCAAGGGCACCGGGAAGAACUCCAAGGGGUUCGGCAUCUACGGCACCGGCACCUAUGCUGACCAUCGCCGAGCUCUGCAAGAAGCCAGGACGAACAGGGGGUUCAGUGGCUCUCGAGGGGAGUUCCAGCGGCCGAGAACGUCUCUGCAGGACUUGAAGAACGGAGCAGAUGCCACCAAUGCCAACAGAUUGGGCAUUGGAGCAGGGACUGUCCUCAGCGUCGCCGUGCCCCGUCUUUGGCAAGUUCGCGGCCGACUUCCCCUGGACCUGGAGCUGCGAGCCGAGGGUAUGUUCUGGUCUCAAGAACUAGACCCUGGUAUGCCGGUGUAUGCUACCUUUGUUGACGAGAAGCUGCCGGAGGCGGUUCGUCAGCCUGACCUCGAGACCUGUUCCGCCGCGAGCGCAUACAUGAGUGAAGCCAUAGGAGAGAGUAGCGCCCUGAUCGACACUGCCGUGCAGCACGGGUUAAUCGGGGAGGAGACCCUGCAAAAGCACGACCAACUUCUUCAACGUCUGUUUCAGUUGCGGGUCCAGGUGACGAACGAGGAUGGGGGCGUUGUGCGUGGGGUGUGUGGAGCUGAACAAAUCACCAAAAUUGCAUACAUCCCAAUUGGCCUGGGGUCCAAGGCUGGGGUUCUCAAAGUGCAGAUGGUCCCCGGACACGUCCCUUGCCUCUUGCCCGCUUACCUCCUUACCAAGCUCGGUGCAGUGAUUGACAUGUGCAAUCUGCUGGCAGUGUACACGGAAGCCAACACGUUCCAGUUCAUGAAGCGUCGGCUGAGCGGUCAUGUUGAAGUCAACAUUUGUGAGUUUGGGAAACGAUGGUGCGUGCCCGAAACAUAUACUUUUCUCAAGAGCGAAGUUUGGGAUCAGGGACCGCUCCCGACACCCCUCUCUGAACUCCGUGUGACCGUCGUGAAUGGAUCGGGUCAAACUCUCCCCAUGCCUUCGUCGAUGGCGUCGCUUUGCUCUGCGAUUGUGGUUUUCCUUCUACAAUCAGGACUUCGCCGCUUGGCUGCUCAACGAGAAGCUCUAGAACAACGUGCAUUGCGGCUACAGCAGCAGGAGGCAGUCCUCUUGGCAGAGGCAGGCAACCAGCCCUUCCGACCAGUCAAUCGAUUGGCGGCGGUGGACGAGGGCUCGGAACUACGACCGCGUGCCGAACAUGUGGGGCGGAGCAAGUACCUCACUCCGGUGCUCAAGCCUACUGCCAGUUGCCAGCACAGCUCCCGGAAGCAUGGGGCCAAUGCCGAGUGGAGCUGGGUGAGACGCCAGACAUGCGGGGAGAUCGAACAAAUACCCAAGAUGGAGAUUUCCAAGAUGAGCGAAUGGAACUCCAUCAUGAUCUACCGGCGACCCGACUACAAGACACCGCUUGUCAAGAAGGCCGAGAAAGCCGAUCAGAAGAAAGCACCUGGAACACCGGGGCCACUACCAUCUUCGAUGACGAUGAGCUCCAGGUUGCCUAUGCUUACCCUCCGGAACAUGCCCCGGACGGUUCCCACGACCGAGCACCUGGACAUCGGCACACCGGACUCAGCGGCCUACCCCAAUUCGGAACGAGAGCCGGACUCGAGUGGCGAGGCCAUGGAACGCGAUCUGUGGCGGAUGGAAGUGGACGGCCUCGAGAAGCAGGAGGUGGAGCCCCCUGCCAUGUUUCAGAGUUGCACGAUGUGCCCCACCGGAGGCCUACACCUCAUGUACUACCACCAACAGGAACGAUUUGUCUGGAGGUGCUCCGGGGGAAUGAACGGCUGCCCGCUGGCCUGGAUGGGUCACCCCGAGAUGGAACUGGCCCUAGGGAUCAAGUUAUGUGUGAAAUGCCAGCAGGAAGCCCUCGAGACAACGAUCGACCGAGGUCGCAUGACUUACCGGUGCCCUCGGUGCCACGACAUGACUCUGGCCUCAGAGUGGACCGAGGUGAUCCAGAAUCACUUCCAGACGGGUGGCUACAACCCCGAGGCUGCUUGUUUGGUGGACCAAGUUCCUGGGCUUCGCGACCUGAUUGACUACAACCGUUCAGUUGCCUACUGGUGUGUUGGAACUGAGGCCGGGAAAGAUCGGUGGAACAUCCUGGACAUUGACCGGUUCCCAAGCACACCAUAUGAACUACAAGUGUACAUGACAACAUUGGUGGUGCUGGAGCUGGAGAAGGAGUUCAUCGACUACGUGAGGGAGAAUGACUACGACCCCGUGGAGGUGACGUUGGACAAGACCCUCAAGAAAGACCUCAACCAGGCCUUGAGCAGGACAGUGGGCCACAUGGAGCAGUUCUACGAGCUGUGCGAGGAUGGCCUGGACGAGGAUGAAGGUGGCUCCUGGAUUGUGCCUGGUGGCUUUGAGGUUCCUACGCAGGCCUUGGAUGUACCUGAAAGCCAAGGAAAGUAUAUUCCGAGCGAGAUUGAGUUGAACUGGGUGAUCAAUGAGAUGAAGGAGCAAAACCUUCAAGAAAGUUGGCGCGAGUACUACGGCCAGGUGAUGUUUGUGACAAGACAACCGGCGCGGGCCACGAUUCCAUGUGUGGGCCCCGGUCACCGAACCAUGCGCUGGACAGCCGGUCUGGACAGCCAAGGCGCCUGGAAAUGGCUGGAGGCUGGCAACACUGGGAAGCUAAAGGCGGCUGUGCGAGAAAGGUCAGUGCUUGUGAUCUUGUACCGGUGGCCUGUCCUGAGCACUUUGGAGUCAUCAAGUGAUGGUUGUCAGAAUAGAGUGUAUGUUACUACGGCGGAGGUGAACAACCGUGAGAAGGCCGAAGUUCUCCGUGCACAUGUGAAUUUGGGACACCCGAACACCCGGGAGUUUGUUCGGCUACUUCGUGCAGCCGGGACCCGUGAUGAUAUUGUACAAUACGUCCUGCGGGAGUUCAGCUGUCCAGGGUGCACUAAGGAGAAGCGACCUCCGACCAGACUGCCUUCAGCAACGCCAAGGACUUUCGACUUUAACGUCGUCGUGGGGGUGGACAUCCUCUUUGUCUCAGGUGUCACGGCCAAAGCAGAACAUCCGGUCAUCAACAUUACAUGUCUUGGAACGCUGUAUUCGACGUUCGGACUUGUCGAUGCCAGAAGGCGAAACUCCGCCUUGACAUGGAGCUGCUUCAACCGGCUGUGGCUGCGAGUCUUCGGAGCCCCUCAGUGUGUGAUGUUCGAUGAAGGGAAAGAGUUCACUGGAGGACCAUUCCAGGAUGGGUUGGAAAUGCAUGGCAUCCAGCCGGUGGAGAUCAACCGCAAAUCACCGUUCGAGCUGGGGACGGUGGAAAGGCGUGGUGCUAUGUUCAAAGAGGCCUACUACAAGACACGUGAACUACGACAACCCCAAGAUCUGGAAGAGGUCGAGGCCCUGAUCUUCGAGACCUCAUGGGCCAUUCAGACUUUGACAAACAGGUCAGGAUACAGCCCAGCUCAAAGAGUGUUCGGCCGGCAACCGUCUCUGACUCUCGACAUGCUGACCGAUGGUCGAGAAUAUGCUCUGAGCUCGACAGCCGAGGCUGCUUGGGAGAAGGCGAAUGAGAUCAGGCAAGCGGCUCGGAAAGCACUGAUGAGCAUUGAUGCAAAAGGGAGACUUUCCCGGGCAAAGCUUGCUCGACCUCGCCAAGAGUUGCAGCGGCUGGAGUUUGAGGAAGGCGAGCCCGUCCUCGUCUGGCGAGCUGGAAAGCGUGGCUCAUUGGCUAAGGUUGGGCCAUGCUACGUGGUGCUUCAACGGGGACACACUGUGUGGAUUUCCCGACGUGGAGAGCUCUGGAAGUGCAACGCAGGACAAGUUUUCAAGCUGGGCGUUGCAGAUCAGGCUGGUUUGGAGGCCAUCCCUGAGGAUUUGAUCCGCGCAAAAGCCAGACUCCGCUAUGAUUCUGAGAAGCUGCAGUAUGUGGAUGCUAGUAAAGAAGUGGAGGUGGAGUCCGAAGGUCCAUCUUCGUUGUAUAGUCCAGAUUUGACAGAUGCUGAACAGCAUCCAGAACCCGCAGAAGUUUCAGUCUCAGGGUUCAAGUUCUUCGUCUUCGUCCUCGAGCUCAAGUUCGUCUACGAGUGCACCAGCGGGACGCUCAGCACGUCGAACUCUAUGGGUCCAAUGUGGUCAGACGUGGUUCAGCGGGUGACGAUCGACAAUGCCACCAACCAGAUCAUCAAGAAGGAGACGAUUACCGGGAAGGAACUUCCUCGAAAUCUUCACAAACCCCUGCCAGAACACGUGAAGUCGAUCAAGACGAUCCUGGUGUACAAGCGUCGACAGGGACAUCCCGAUCCUGGUGUGGACCUCUCCGAUGCUGAACAUCCGGAGAAGGAAGGCUCUCCACAUGAGGAUGCCAGGCUCUUUGACCACCGGAUGAAACGUGGCUUCGAGGAGGUCAGUGGUGGCGCUUCGGCUAGUUCAGUGCCUCAGAGAUCCAAGAUUUUCGGAUCCUGGACUGCGGAUCUGAAGACGGAGAGCUGUGAUCGAGCUCAACACCCGGUGAUUGCCACGAGUCGUGAUCGCAAGCUAUUCGAGAAGAUUCUCUUUGCCGACAUGGUUUUCCUCGAAAGUAAGAUCUAUGGGAGCUUCGUGGGACUUACCAAGAAAAGUGGCAAAGAGCUCAACGAGUGCAACUUCUCCACGGAAGAGGUGGAAAUGUUCAAUGCCGCAAAGGUUCUCGAGAUCACGAAUCUCGAAAAUGGGCAUGCCAUUGAGUUUGUGGCGACCCAGGAGGAGGCGGAUCGCAUCCGGGCCGAGGAGAGCAACCGCAUCAUUCCGUCGAGGUUCGUUCUCACGAAGAAGGCGGGUGAACUCGGCCAGGCCUGGAAAGCGAAGGCGCGGUGGAUUUUGUUGGGACAUCGUGACCCCGACGCUCUCGAAAUGGAGUGCUUUUCGCCGACGCCUGCGACACCCACGGUUAUGCUGGCGUUCCAGAUCAUUGCCUCCAUGAACUACCACCUCGUGAUCAUGGACGUCACCAGUGCCUUCGGGCAGUCAGAUCCUGAGACUCGUCCUCAAGGCAAGUUGUACGCCUCCCUUCCUACGAGCGGCAUCCCUGGACGACCCAAGUGGGCCUUGAUUCGAGUGCUGACUGCAGUCUAUGGACUGGUAAAUGCGCCGGCCAGUUGGCGAAGGACUGUCCGUCGUGUUUUGCUGGAGUUGGGAUACGCCGAAAGCGUAUUCGACCCCUGUCUUUAUUACCUCGAGUUCACGGCCGAGGAACGCAAAGCUGGUGCUCACCGCGGCUGCGAAGGGAUCGUCCUCCUGGACGUAGACGAUUUCGUACAAGGAGGAGGAGUGAGGUCGGUGUUUGAAGGUCACGGUGAAUACCUUGGCAGGUGCCGACUGCAAGAUGGUGACGAGGCUGAGCUGAAUGAGAAGGAGGUGUCAAUGCUCAGAGGGGCAGCAGGUGUCUGGAUGAGCGUGUCAGAUGCCUCCCUGGCCAACGAUGAUGAGAAGUCCCAAGGUGGUUUUGUCAUUGCGUAUGUCGACCGCGAGAUCCUGGCGGGGAAGCUGGCAAGGACCAGCAUCAUUUGCUGGAAAAGUCACAAGUUGCGCCGGGUUGUGAAGGCUUCACUGGGCUCGGAAGCUCUGGCGAUGGACGAUGGUCUGUCGGAGCUCGAGUGGCUCCGAGCUAUGUUUGCUGAAGUUUGCGUACCUGAAGCCAGGGUGAUGGACAUGAGCCGUUAUGGUUACGACGAGUCUAUCGUGGCGGUUCGCCAGGCCGACUGCGAGGAUGAGACAGUGCUCGUGACCGAUGCCCGGGCGCUCUACGACUUGUACCAGAGGCGAAGUGGUGCUGCAGGCCUCGACAGGAGGGCACAGAUCGAUGUGGCGGUGCUGGUCACGUCGGCCAAAGCUCUCAAUGCUUCGAUCUUCUGGAUUCCUGGGACGUACAUGUUGGCUGACAGCUCCGUUGUGGAGUCCAACUUGAAGCCGCACCGAAAUCUCGGUGGAAUGCCGUUCAGUGGCAAGUCAGUUCCGAAAGUUGUGGAGGGCAAGGACAGGUCUCAGAACGAGACAACCGGCAGCAUUGAAAAUCGAAAGUCCAUGUUGGGACCGAACUGA